AAUAAUGGACGGGCGUGCCUCCUGCAUGUGUUUUUAGAGGUACGCCCUGCCUUGCUGUAUUUUGCAUGUGAAGCCCCCUUUCAUCUCUCUUACCCAUCCAUGUGAGAUUUCUAGAGAGAGAAGAUAGUUCCAGAGCUAGAGACUUUUCUACUCACUAAAUGGCGGUUUUGAUUUCCUUGUAGUGGUGAGAUAACGUGAGGAUGAAAAUGGAAGUAUAAAGACAAAAGGAUCUGAGAUUUGGGAUGAUUCUGAUUCUCUUUUCCUGGUAAAACCUCUCUCUAAAACCCCUUUCUAUUCUAUAGCUUCCAAGUUCCAACUCUCAGUGAGAAGCGUCACAGUUUGUUGAGAGAGAAAAUGGGAGGUUCAGAGUGUAGCAGCGCCUGUGAAUCCGGUUGGACCAUGUAUUUGGAUCAGUCUUUGGGGAAACCCAUUCCUCACACUUUGAAGACUGGGGAUGAUAGGCCCAAAACUUGGAGCUUUGUAGAGAGAGAAGAACAGGAAGAAGAGGAGAGUUUGUCCAUGGUUUCUGAUGCUUCUUCGGGGCCGCCAUUGCAAAACUUGUGUGCUUGUGAUGGAGUGAACAAUGGCUUCCUUCUCGAUCAGAGUGGUAAAAGGAGGAGGAUAGGAAGAGAUGAGAAAGACCCAUCUUCCAUUCUUGAAGACACUGCUAGUUCCCCUGUUUCCAGCUUCCCCAAGAGUGGCCUCACUCUCACCAAUGACAACAACCUUGAAUGUUAUCAAGAUGCUAUAGAUUUUUCACAGGGAUUCUCCACUACUCAUCUCAAGGAACGAGCACAAUUGCAGAGCAGCUUUGGGCUUUUCUCCACCAAACCAAUUUGCAGAGAAGAGAGCAGGAGACAGAGAUGAUGGCCAGUGAUCGUAGCAACCUUUGUUUUCUCAGAGAGGUUUUCUAGGUGUCAAUCCAAUGGGAAACAAAACUCAGUGGAAGACAUAAAUAAAAAAAUGUUAGCGAGAAAAAUCAAAGAAAGAACAAAAAAGAAAAAAAGAAAAAAAAGAGAAGGGAAGCAUUUACUUUAAUUUCUGUGUCAUGAAUGUGGAAGGGGUUUAUGGGUUGUUUGCAGUGUUCCCAGAUCCAUGCAUGCCCCCCUUUUGGAAGGUGCCCAUGCCCUCUCUCAUUCACUCCAUUUUCUGCCAAAGAUAUUUGCAGGCAAACAUAUCUGCAAAUAUAUUCCCCCCAUUUUUUUAUAUGUUCCUGUUCUUUUCCAGCUAAUGCAAAUAGCCUCCUUGCAUUUA